AUGAACGGCAAAACCGUGAUAAAACGAAUUAUUAAGGUGUGUGAGGAAUACGGCGUAAAGGUGAGUGUGAUCAGCACGGCCACGGUGUUUUUCAGAAAAAUAGAAAAGAAUUACAAAGACACAGAAAAUAUGGAGAACGAUAUGCAGCCUGAUGAUCACGGUUCAAAAGCGAGAGAAAAGCUGGACAUUUUCUCUGAUGAGUUUCUUGUUGGGCUUAUCGCGGUUGCCUGUAAAUCGAAUGAUAUUGUUAUGCCAUCACGGAUCAGAAAAGGGUACAUGCCCGAGAAGAUAGCCAUGAUGGAGUCAACGAUACCAACACUGUUCGGCUUCAAAAUGCACAUUCCCUGCCCGUUCACACGCAUGCUGGGACUUAUCAUUUGUCUGUGUGAGCACAAGAUUGUUGAGCUCAACGUGAGCAGUAUGUUCGAAAAGGGCGCAGGCAACAUCAAAAGAAUACUGCUGGACGAUAAUUACAUGGAUUAUAGCGUAAAUGAAGUUGCAGCAGCAGCUCUUCCUAUUGACUGUAAAUAUCUGAGUAAGCUGAUGGUUGGAGAGUUGAGCUGUGAAAACAUAGAAAAGAUCAGAAAAAAUAAUAAUGUAACCGUAGAUUGUCAAUAAAGUAGUAUUUAUAUGUUAAACGGAUUUGUUGCUAUGAGCAACCGCCACUGGAAGGUUUGU